GCCCUCCUCCAGUUUGGAGGUCUUCUCAACUGCUUUUAAGGAAAACUGAAGAUAUCGGGAGAUCACUGUGCUCAUAUUCACACAGGCUGUCAGAAGCUGGGUCACCUGACUGGACUGAAAACAAAUGCAGAACCUUUUGGAGAUUCUUUCCUCCAUUUUUAUUAACUGAAAGAAUAAAAGAGAUUUCAAGUAACAGCAAAGAAGACUGGAGAUUUACAAAGAAGAGAAGCAGAGAUGGACAACUUUUUAAAGAAAAUUGGGGAUGGUUUUCAGGGUGUCACAAAGGAUAUAGAUCAUGUACUUUGGAACAAAGACAAACCAACGCCUGGGGACAUGAUGCAGUUUCAGAUGCCAGGAUUCCAGCACUGGGGCAUCUAUGUGGGAGAUGAAAAUGUAGUUCAUUUUGCAUGGCCAGCCGUCAGCCUCAUUCCACUAAAAUUUGCUGUCCGAAAACAAAAAGUGAAGGAUAUCCAAGGGGUUCUGGCAUUUGCUGUAUACAAUAAGUAUGACAAAGAGUAUCCACCGCUGCCUCAAGAUUGUGUGGUAAAAAGAGCAGAACACAUGGUGGACAAGACCCUGAAAUAUGAACUGGCCAGAGCUAACUGUGAACACUUUGCCACAAUGAUGAGGUACAACAUUGCUAUAUCAGAGCAGGCAAAAAGAUUUAAUUUUGAUGUGAAUCCAGAUUUUGUGGAGAAGCUCAGAGGAUGGCUGGCCGAGAUCGAUGAGCAGAAAGACUGGUCAGUAUACAUGUUGAUGUUCAGAUACAGACAUCGUUGGCUUUAG